AUGAGCCGCCAGACUGCGACAGCGUUACCGACUGGGACCUCCAAGUGCACACCGUCCCAGAGGGUGCCCGCCCUGACGGGCACCACUGCGUCCAACAAUGACCUGGCCAGCCUCUUUGAGUGUCCCGUCUGCUUUGACUAUGUGCUGCCCCCCAUCCUUCAGUGUCAGAGCGGCCACCUUGUCUGUAGCAACUGUCGCCCGAAGCUCACGUGCUGUCCCACCUGCCGGGGGCCCUUGGGGUCCAUCCGCAACCUGGCGAUGGAGAAGGUGGCCAACUCCGUCCUUUUCCCUUGUAAGUACGCCUCUUCGGGCUGCGAGAUAACGCUGCCGCACACGGAGAAGGCGGACCACGAAGAGCUCUGCGAGUUCCGGCCUUACUCCUGCCCGUGCCCCGGCGCGUCCUGCAAGUGGCAGGGCUCGCUGGACGCCGUGAUGCCGCACCUGAUGCACCAGCACAAGUCCAUCACCACGCUGCAGGGCGAGGACAUCGUCUUCCUGGCCACGGACAUCAACCUGCCCGGGGCCGUGGACUGGGUCAUGAUGCAGUCCUGCUUCGGCUUCCACUUCAUGCUGGUCCUGGAGAAGCAGGAGAAGUACGACGGCCACCAGCAGUUCUUCGCGAUCGUGCAGCUGAUAGGCACGCGCAAGCAGGCCGAGAAUUUCGCCUAUCGGCUCGAGCUAAACGGUCACCGGCGGCGAUUGACUUGGGAAGCCACUCCGCGCUCGAUUCACGAGGGAAUCGCGACAGCCAUCAUGAACAGCGACUGUCUAGUCUUCGACACCAGCAUCGCGCAGCUUUUUGCAGAAAAUGGCAACUUAGGCAUCAAUGUAACUAUUUCCAUGUGUUGA